UGUAGUUCCGGGUCCACGUCCACGUCUCCAGGAAGAUGGAGUGGUGGUUGUGUAAGGUCUUGCAGUGGACUCCACAGAACAAAUUCUGUUGUUUAUGGAUUAAGUGAAAACUUUUAGAACCGUCUUCUACUUUUCUAGAGUUUUAACAUUAUAUUGAAUGAGACUGCUUUGAAGAAUGAUAGGUCAUGCUGCUCAGAUAUAAGUCAUCAGAUGUAUAUGCACUCCGAUAAUCAUGUCUUGGUUUACUGAGCUUGCUGGGAAGGCUGAGGAUUUUCUAAAUAAAGUUGAUCAAGGAGCUGCAACAGCUUUAGCCAAAUCGAAGGAUGAUACCGCAGUCAUAGAUUAUGCUACCAGCUCUGGUUUCACGGACCGUUACUCUGAUGUGCAGUUUCAGAGCUUUGGUGCUAAAUAUGAGGUGGAACCAAAACCUUCUGGAAGUUUCAUUGCUUCAGCUGCUGAUAACAUCAAAAAGCAAAAAGCCACCAUUCUAGCUGGUACAGCAAAUGUAACUGGUGGAACAAGGACCUUCUCAGAUACACCCCCUGUUGGACCUGCACCCCCUGUAAGACCGUCCUCACAAUUUGUGAGGCCAAAAAAAGCAGAACCUGAUGAUGAGUUGCUGUUUGAUUUUCUUAAUAGCUCUGAGAAAGUGGACAAUAAAAGAGAGAAACCUAAGACUGCUACUCCACCUACUCACUCUAGGACAUCUAGCAUGAGUUCUGUCUCCACAAGUACCUUUAGCAUUAAAACUACAGAAGACGGUACAACCAAGGAUCAGGAAAAUGAUACACCGGAAAGUUCAGAUUCAGGAUUUGGGGCUCAGGUUGAGGUCACAAAAGAAGAAUCGUCUAGCGUUGCAACAGCAAACAGCAUCCCCUCUGCCAAAGAUGACAGCCAGUUGCAAGAGCUAUCAAACCUCCGACUUGAGAAUCAGCUGUUACGGAGUGAAGUUCAGUCACUGAAUCAGGAAAUGGCGUUAGUAAUCCAGAGGUCUAAAUCUACUCAACAAGAACUUAACAAAGCACGAGAGAGAUUAGACAAGUGGAAUUCAGAGAACGUUAUGACUGAUCGUCACACACGAGAACUUCGGGCUCAGGUUGAUGAUUUGCUGGAAGCAGUUGCAGCUAAGGAUUCUCAGCUAGCUAUUCUUAAAGUGAGGCUUGAUGAAGCAGACCAGUUGUUGAAAUCACGAACAGAUGCACUGGAAGCUCUGCAGAAUGAAAGAUCAAGAUUAAUCCAAGAUCACAGUGAAGGUAGUAGCAUGCAUAAUCAGGCCUUACAAAGUUUGCAGGAGCGAGUGCGUGAAGUUGAAUCAACACUUAAACGAGAGCAAGAGAGCUAUAGACAGAUGCAGAGUGAAUUUGCAGCACGUCUUAACAAAAUGGAAGCAGAACGGCAGAGCUUAGUUGAAGCUCUAAAUGCAGCUGAGAAAAGAAGUACAGAAGAAAAGCGAAAAGCAGAUGACUUUCAGCAGCAGGCAAAAAUAGCCAAAGCAAACAUGGAGUCUGCUAAACAGGAACUAACAGAUUAUAAGCAGAAGGCCACAAGAAUACUUCAGUCAAAAGAGAAACUGAUUAGUAGUCUGAAAGAGGGAGCAGGUAUUGAAGGUCUGGAUAACCAUGCUGCUGCUGCCGUGGAAAUAGAAGAGCUGAGACAUGAACGUGAUGUGCAGAGAGAAGAGGUCCAGAAACUCCUUACUCAGGUCCAUCAGCUAAGAACAGAGAUGCAGGAUAUGGAAACUCAGCAAGUUGCUGAGACAGAAUCCACCAGAGAGCAGGUCCAGGAACUGCAGGAACAAAUUUGUUUGCUGAAAAGGAGUAAACAGGACUCAGAAACUGAACUAGAAAAACAGAAACAGGAAUUUAAAUAUGUUGAGGAAGAACUGUACCAGACAAGGAACUCCUUACAGAGCAGGAUAAAAGAUCGAGAAGAUGAAAUCCAAAAACUUAGAAACCAGCUUACAAACAAACAUUUGAGUAAUAGCAGCCAGACUGAGCUUGAGAAUCGACUACAUCAGCUGACAGAGACAUUGAUUCAGAAACAGACGAUGCUAGAAGCCCUGGGAACAGAGAAGAGCUCCCUUGUGUUCCAGUUAGAGCGUCUUGAACAACAGUUAAAGUCUUUACAAGGUAGCAGUGCCAGUGGACCUUCAAUUAAUAUGUCUGGAGUGGAUAGUGGAGAAGGUGCUCGACUGAGAAAUGUUCCAGUUCUUUUCAGUGAUACAGAUACAAGUGCAGCAGGAGUAUAUGGAAAAGUACGCAAGGCAGCAAGCACUAUAGAUAGAUUCAGCAUUCGACUAGGAAUCUUUCUAAGGCGAUACCCCAUAGUAAGGGUAUUUGUAAUUAUUUAUAUGGCACUGCUACAUCUGUGGGUGAUGAUUGUCUUGCUGACCUACACACCAGAGAUGCACUCUGAACCCCCAAGGAGCUAGCAUAAAUAAUUCAUGCAGCAAAUUAAUAUAACAAGAUCUGGUAUAAAGGUUUAUCAUUCUAUUGAGACACUUUUCUCUUCAGACUCCAGACACUAAAUUUCAGUUUAAACUGGCGUCAUCAUAAAACAAAUGUACUAAAUCAGAGACUAAGCAUGCAGACUGCUGGUGACAUGUAACAAAUUUGGGGUAGAUGAUUUUAUCUUCAUUUAAUCUAGGGCAUUUAAAUCAUUUCCUUUCACUUGCAGAACACUUUGAAUUCUACAGCAGUUUUCUGUCAACCUGAGGUCACUACCCACAGAUCAUAGUCAUAUAAAUGGACAUUGGUCAUUGUCCUUUUUAAACCCCUUAAUCUUUUAACAGCCUCUAUAGUGGAGAGAAGUAUUAAAACAUUUCAUACCAAAAUGUUAAAAUUGCAGCCGAUUUAUUGCAAACAAUACUGUAGGUCAGCUGGUUGACUUUGGGUUAGUGCACGGGAAAUGUGUAUUUCUUCUCUUACUUUUCAUGCUUCUUUUCAAUUGCUAUUUUUCUAGUAAUUUGUAUAUAUUAAACUGUACAUACAAAUGCUGCAGUGCUGACAAAAUGUAUAUUAAAUAUUAUUUACUAAAUAUG